UCACUAAAUAUAUUUGAUUCAUAAUUUCUUGACUCUAAAUGACUUUUAUCUACAAUGUAAUCUUUUUUGCAUUUACUUUAUCGUGUAUCGUAAUUUUAAGUAAUAAGAUACUUGGUGCUUGGAAUUGUAUAUAGGUACCAGCAAGAGGCUGCAAUAGACAUACGUCAGAUGGAUACAAUUUAACAAUAAGAAAAAAGCUUGCGUGUGUGUCUAUUCAUCUUUACUUAGCCGACGACGAUCGAGGCACAAGUCUAUAUCGUAGCUGUUGGCAAUACAGAUCAUUCGAGUGAAUGCAAGCAGCUUAUAUAAAUACCACCAGCGAUUAAAUUUGGUGGACUAUUUACGGUGAAGUCUAUUGUCGAGCACAAUUUCAACAUGCUUAGGGUACUAUUUUGUAUUUGUGGCGUGCGGAUGAUCCUUGGUAUCAUCGUAACAGAUCCACCACCUACUGAAGCUGAGUACAAGUACUCGUAUGAUAUAGAUGAUCCUACUACCGGAGAUACAAAAAGUCAGUACGAAGUAAGACAAGGAGGGACAGUCAGCGGAGCUUAUACUGUAGUAGAUCCAGAUGGUAUAAAACGCACUGUUGAGUAUACCGCCGAUCCAAAGGAAGGAUUUAAAGCGACUGUUCGUAAAGAACCUGUAGAUGUUAUUGCAGCUCAAAAAAAUCCACAAUAUAUUUCCAAGGAAAAUACAUAUUAUCCAUAUGAAGCUCAAUACAAAGCGAGACCACAUUACGUGACUGAUGUAAGAAUGGAUGACUCAUUCACAGAUUCAGAGACUCAAUUUUAUGACAAAGAUAAUUACAUUCAACAUCCGGUUUACUUUAAGCCAGCAAGCGAGUUGAACUCGGGAGAUCCAACAUACGAGAAUGUCCAUAGGGAAUAUUUUACGCCAACUAAUAAAUGAAAAGUGAGUGAGUAUUGUAUUGUAUACAUAACGUGUUUCCUAAAAUUGUGAUAUUAUUGUAAAUAUAUAUACGUAAUUUAACCGAUUCAAUUACUACUGUUAGGGUGUACCUAUUAAAAUUGAACUUUUUCAUAUACGUGAAAACAUGACCAAGACACAUCGCAUGACACA